UAGCAACGACGUUUUCUUAGCAACGUAUUCAGAAAUCAAAUGUUAAGAUGAGAACCGAUACAUCUAGACCUAUAUAUACCACAGAAUAUUAAGUAAACAACUAUUCAAGUGAAAUAAUAAUUUAAAAUGCAGCGCAAUAUUUCUGAUCGAGUUGAUUUUUCUAAAUUUGGAAUACCUAGUUGGCGUAUAGAACAGAGAUAUGCACCUGGAGUUCUCAUUGGGAACUGGUCUGAAGAGAGAUUAAAGUUUCCAGAUACAAAAUAUAAACACAACACAACACAUCGCAUAGACUUUAAAAAUUAUGGAGAGUUCCAUCCUGAUGUGACAGUCAGAAGGAAAGCUGUGUUGAACAAUGAAGGCCUUCCCGCUGACAUGAUAUUUCGACAUCAUGAUGAUGCUUAUGACAACAUGCUCAUAACCAUGUAUGAUGAGCAUUACAAUGGACGCUGGAGAGAGAACUGCUUACCUCCUCUAAGGCAGUUUAACAGUCAGACACUGGGAUGGAUGCCAGAGAGAUCUGAUUAUCCCCUCAGAGGUCCUCCAACUAACUUUGGCUUAAAACAGUACAAAGAAGCAUUGGCUCUGGCAAGACAAAAAGAAUUGGACCAUCCUGACUUUGAAUCCACAUAUAUGGAUUCUUAUAGAGAGAAGCAGAAAAAUGCCAUGUGCUUCACUCGGCAUGCAACUCCAAAACACUUGUCCACAUCUCUCCUCCCUUCCAAUAACCUUAACAGCAAUCUUCACUUCCGAGGAAAACCACUUCUGAGAAUCCCUGAAGUAAUGCCACAAGAACUCACCCAGAUAUCAGUAUAAAAAAAUCCUUUUGAAAAGGAAAAAACAAAAUACUAGCUGAAUAUGAAAACUAAAAAAAAAAACAAUUUUGACCUUUUUGAAACAAAAAAUAAAAGCAACUCUCCUAUGUGAAUAUUUUACAUGUUUAAAUAUUUUCAAAGCAAAUUUGUAGAUAUUUUAAAUAAUGCUGAUUCUGGCUAUGUAUUUUAAAUAAUGCUGAUUCUUGCUAUGUGAAAAGUCUAAACUAUAUUUUAAAUUAUUGGUCAAUGUACUAAUUUGUCCAUUGUCUACAGUGCCAAGUCAUAGUGCUUUAUUCUGAAAAAUGAAAUUUUUAGUUGUUUUUCUUUUCACAACAUGCUUUCACAUCAUAAUUUGCAAACUUAUGUCCAUCUAAUUUAAGUUAUUAAAUUAAAUUAUAAAUAAACAAAAUAAAUAAUUUUUCUCAAGUAAGGCUUACUUUUUGUAAUGUAUUAUGCAUGGUUAGUGGUUAUAAAUUAGAAGAACAAAAACAUUCCAAAAUAAAGUUCUAAAGCUUGAUAUAUAAAAAGAAAUUGUAAUCAUGAAAUAUUUAAAUAUACAUAUUAAUAUAUCUAAAUAAAAUAUGAGUGAAUUCAAUUAAACCAUUAUGCUAGGAAAUUAAUGUUCUGUGUAUAAAAAGAAUAAUAUUAUCAGCAUUAUCAGUAAUUUCUGCUUAUAAAAUACACAUAUUAUUGUAACAGGUCUAGAAUUGACUACUAUUUCAAUAUACUUUGUGUUUUUUUUUAAUUUUUAUGAUAUGAGGGCUUGGCAGUCUUCGUUACUAUUUUAAACAUAUAAAACAUAUUAAACAUAUGUUUGAAUUUUUGUUUUUCUUUUGGUAAAGAAAUUUUAACUAUAUAUCAUUGUAUAUUGAAAACAAUAUUAAAGCUCAAUUUUAAACUGAAAUAA